AUUUUUUCCAAAAUGUUUAACGGUGUAAUAGAUAGAUAUAACGGUGUGACAAUAGAUUCACAAAAAGAGCCGUGUGAUCCCAGUUCAUUUCAUGCCCAGUUAAAAGACUCUCUCAGACAAUGGACUGAGGAAGAAAAGAGAUGCAUAUGGUUCAAAGUCAAUAUAAAGGAUGCUGCAUGGGUGCCAAUACUAGCCAAUGAAGGCUUUAACUUUCAUCAAGCCAGAGACGAUUUUGUGCUGAUGUACAAGUGGUUACCAACAGAUUGCUCUCACAACUUGCCUCCAGCCUGUCACACAAACCUUGGAGUAGGUGGCAUGGUGUUCAAUGACAAAAAUCAAAUAUUGGUUGUAAAAGAAAAAUCCAUUGAUUACCCUCACUGGAAGCUUCCUGGAGGUUAUGUUGAGAGGAAUGAAGAUAUAAAAGAUGGUGCCAUGAGAGAAGUAUGGGAAGAAACUGGAAUAAAAACAACCUUCGACUCCAUGAUAACAUUAAGGCAUUCACACAGAUCCAUGUUUGGUAACUCUGACAUUUAUUUUGUAGUUAAGCUCCAAGCUAAAACAACAGAAAUAACUAAAUCUGAUGUAGAAAUACAAGCAUGUCAGUGGAUGGAUGUGGAGGAAUUCUUAAAUCACCCUCAUGUCCAUGAAUUCAAUCGUUUUUUGGUAAAACAAGCCUUGGACUUAGAACAAAGGAAAAUUAAAUUAGGUCUACAUCAGCAGACAUUAACAUUUGCAAAACUUUCACGAGAUGUAACCAACCUUGUAAUUGAAGAUUCAUAAAUUAUUAUUUGUACA